AUGUCCUUUAAUGUGUGGCUACAGUGUGCUUGAGCCGCCAGCACCGCCCAGAACUGUGCCCUGUGGCGCCCCCGCCUGGGGGUGGAUGGGAACGCCUCGCCUCGCGGCGAAGACGUAAUUUCCCGGCAGCCCCUGCUACUUUACAGUUCCGGCGUGGUGUUUGCAUUGUAUUUCCGGUCAUGUGCAUUGUUGCAGCUGCGCAGUCCACUAGGUCCCUAGGAUAGCGGUGGCACAGCUCAAACUCCACUUCCCGGUGUGCUCCGCGGUGGCGCAGGGUGGAACGGGUGUUGUAGUCCCUCCGCUCCUCUGGCUGGUCCAGCUACAUCGACCGGCAGGAUGUCGGAGGUGCGGCUGCCACCGUUACGCGCCUUGGAUGACUUCAUUCUGGGGUCGGCGCGGCUGGCGGCCCCGGAUCCCUGCGACCCGCAGCGAUGGUGCCACCGCGUCAUCAACAACCUCCUCUACUACCAAACCAACUACCUUAUCUGCUUCGGCCUCGGUCUCGCUCUGGCCGGGUACAUGCGCCCGCUGCACACCCUCCUAAGCGCACUGGUGGUGGCUGUGGCACUUGGCGUGCUGGUGUGGGCGGCUGAGACUCGCGCAGCCGUGCGCCGCUGCCGUCGCAGCCACCCAGCCGCCUGCCUGGCCGCAGUGCUUGCUGUCGGCCUCCUCGUUCUCUGGGCCGUGGGCGGCGCUUACACCUUCCUCCUCAGCAUCGCCGGGCCAGUGCUUCUGAUCCUGGUGCACGCAUCACUGCGCCUGCGCAACCUCAAGAACAAGAUUGAGAACAAGAUCGAGAGCAUUGGUCUCAAGCGAACGCCAAUGGGGCUGCUACUGGAGGCGCUGGGACAAGAACAGGAGGCUGGAUCCUAGAGGCCUAGGAUCUGUACCCAAGACAUGGAGAAUGCCACCCCCACCCCGGCCCGCAUCCAGGACCCAGAGACCUUUCGCAGCCCUUCCCCCAGGUCCCAGACUGGGAUAUUCCCCUCAUACCCAGCCCCCCAUCUUAGGGAACCAGAGUCUUUCCAGCCCUUAACUUGGGACGCAGAGACAUAUCCAGCCUAAAACUAGGGCUUAGAGACCAGAGCAUUGAGGCCAACCUCAAACUCUGCACCCAGAAACACUCUCCUGACUCCAAUCUGGGACCCACCUGUCUCCCGUGCUCAGCCCCAAAGCUGGGGACUGGGACCAAGGCAUUCUCAAAUAUUGAACCCUGGACCAAGGCUUUUCUAGACCCCACCCCAGCUUUGAACCCAGGUCAAGGCAUUGCCAAAUCUUGAACCCAGGAUCCAAGUGUUCCCAAUCCCCAUCUGGGUAGAGAAUUCAAGUAUCCUGAUCCUGUUGGACCCUUGGUCCCAGUUAACCCCAACACUCACCAGUCCCACUUGCCUUCUUCCAGCUCUUAGGGAUUCUGCCACUCCUCCUGCCACAAAGUUCCACAGUGGCAAGGACCAAGGGGUGGGAAUGGGGUGGGGUGGGGUGGGGAUAGCCCUGACCAGGAAUGGAGCAAAUAUUAUCAGUGUUGCUGCAACAAUAAAGGCUGUUGCAUUGCUCAAUGCCAA